AUGCUCUUUCGCGCUUCUCCAUUUUGCAUGUCGGCGAAGUUGUAGUGUGCGAUUUAGUGUGUAUUGCCUUUGUUUAGCUUACUUUCUAGGCAUUUUCGAUUUCAAAGUAGACAUGGCUACAGAUACCGGUACACCGAAGAAAAUGCGCAAGUUAGAUGGGUCUGAGGGUGAUGACAGCGCAGAAUUCGGUCAAGAUUUUGAUGCCGAAACACAAAAGACUUUGGAAGAAAUUGAUCAUUGUCAAAAUGAAAUUGAUUCCCUCAACGAACAAGCCAGUGAAGAAAUCCUGAGGGUUGAACAGAAAUACAACAAGUUACGAAAACCACACUUUGAACAGCGUAAUGAGUUCAUCAAAGAGAUACCUAAAUUCUGGUACACUGCUUUUAUGAACCAUCCACAGAUAUCGGCCAUAUUAGACGAAGAGGAAGAAAGUCUGUUACAUCAUCUCUACCAGGUUGAAGUAGAAGAGUUCGAAGACAUCAAGUCUGGCUACCGGAUAAAGUUCCACUUCAGCGGUAACCCUUACUUUGAAAAUGAGGUGUUGUGUAAAGAAUUUCAGCUUGGCACAUCUGAUGAUCAUUUCAUUGUAGGGGACCCAGCCUCUCAGUCGUAUCCCAUCCAAUGGAAGAAGGGCAUGGACCUGACCAAGAAGGCCCAGGAGGCCGCCCUCGGCCAGAAGAGGAAGAUGAGUGCCAACAGGUCGUUCUUCACGUGGUAUUUAGACAAUACAGAUCCUUCAGCCGAUGAUAUCGCAGAGGUGAUCAAGGAUGACAUGUGGCCCAACCCCAUCCAGUACUUUCUCAACCACGGCAUCGAAAUCGGCGAGAAUGGCAUGGACAGUGAUGAGGACGAUGAAGAUCUUGAUGAAUCCGUUGUUGUCGUGGGUGAAGAUGAUGACGACGAUGAAGAUGAGGAGGACGAAGAUGAUGAAGACGAUGUUGUUGUAGAGGGCGAGGAUGAUGAUGACGAGGAUGACGAUGCUGAAGGGGACGAAAAGGGCGCAGCAUAAUUUCUUCAUGUGUACAAAUAAUUCAUCACCCAAUGUUUUGUACAUAUAUACCAAUGGACCUUUCUUGUUACGACGUGCGCUAGUGAGGAAGGUGUAGAUGUCAAUGGUCAUGACCUGACGCCAUCUGUGGAAUGGAAUGAAAACAAGGAUUCUGGGCGGGGAAUUCCAGAACGUCUAUUCCAUUGCCUGAGGAUUCAACGUCUGUCUGCUGCAGCUCAUGAAAAAUGACACUCCGUCGUCUGGCUGUAAAUAGAUCGAAAAACAAAACAAUUCAUGGCCUCGGACAAAAAAUCCGAUAUCAUUUUUGAAUCUAUUCCAUGAAUACUUUGUAUUGUAAGUGUUGAAAUGUUUUCGUUCGUGGUAGCCUCGUAGUUUUAACUUAGCCCUCCUGUCCUAAACCAGAAGGUUUAGAAAUAGAAAAAGAUUUUCACAUAAAAACUUUGAAAAUCAAUCAAGGUGCCUUUCUGUGAGACUUGCGUACCUUGGCUAUAGAAAGUUCCUCUUGAAAACCUCGAAUUGGGUGCCUUUUCAAAGCUAGUUUAAUCGAUUUCAUUGAAUAUAAAAUUUGAGCACUAAUGAUCUGCAAUUCUAGACUUUGCACAUAGCAGGUUAGGUUAAUCCCCCUAAUCUGUCACUAACGGGUCCCAAUUAGUUGUGGUCGGAUUACCAGUGUCCAACUUCGUCAGUCCAAUUUCCAGUUUGUUGAAUUCCGAUUGCAUUUGUAAAUAGCCGAAUGUUAGGUAUUUCAGCACAGUUACAAUGUACAGUUGUAAUGUAAUAUUGGUCACGGCGUUUGAUUGUUUUCAAUGUUAUUGUUAACCCUCUGCUACCACAGGGGUUUGACAGUUUAUAGUACUCCUGACCCAAAUCCAGGAAAUAUUUGCUGGCCUGGAUCCCAGAUUGGCUUGGGAAAGAUUUCAAGCUGGCAAUAUCCCAUCCUAUGGACAAGGCUGUCCCAGUAUAUCCUGGAUGUGUUGGCGAGGUUUAGGCUGCGACAGUCUUAAAAAUACUGGGGUAUUUAUGAAUUUAAAUUUUACCAGAUAUCAUCCCGCUUCAGAAUACCAUCUCUCCGUCAACUGACGGCACAUAAAAAAUAAUACCAUGAUUAGCAUUUCACGUUUUCUUGCAUUUAGUAAUCACUUCAUUUUGAACUAUGCUGUUUCUUUUAGAAACUUUUUAAAGAUCAUGUGCUGUUCUAACAAUGAAAGUUUAUGAUCGGGUGAUUUUGCCUGGGAGUCUUUUUCUAAAAGGUAUUUUUCAGUGAUUAUUAUUAAAGCUGGCCAAUGGAAUUAUCAAGGGCAUUAUCACCAAGCUGUCAGUUGCCCAGUUGCCUUCUCCUCUACAGUAGUUUCUGCCAUUAAAAUUGCACAUCCUGUCAGUACUCGAGUGAGCCCUCCAUGCAGCCAUUAUCCCUGUGCAGAGCGUUGCAUUGACAAUGCACUGCCUGUAGCGGAGAACUAAUAUGCACUCUGAGGCGUGAAAAGUUUCGUGUGAUAGGAGUUGUGCAUGCUAAAAUAAUGUUUUUUGGGUAUGGUCAGUAAUUUACAACCCAAAACAUGUUGAAUUUAAAGCGAAUGACUAUUUUAAGGUGCAGGGCUACGCAAGGAUUGAUCUAUUUUUUGUAGUCUUGGGAACAAGAAACUGCAGUAAUGAAGUUAUUUUGUGGAAAAGGUGAUUAAUAGAACAUUUUUACGGGAUUUCUUGUUUUUGAAAGCUCAACGAUGCAUGUAACGAUAAUGUGUACAGUGAGAUGGAUAGAGAACUAUAAGGCCCAUGAUAUCUGAUGAGUUGCACAUGUGUUAAUUGACUGCUUACAGUGUACAUGUACAUGUAUGUAUGCCAGCUGAGACUGCCAAUCUGGAGAGCGACAUAUUUUGGGUGUAAUUAUGUAGUCGUUUGUACUGUACAGAGUAGACGUAUAAUGCAUUUAGUCCUUGUUCAGCUGUAUAAAUGUGUACAUUCCUCACGGAGAACAUGCAAAACUAUUUUCAGCAGGCCUGCGCAUUCAGAAAUGUCCGUUAAACGUGGUUUGCCAGGUUUGAACGGUAAGAUUUCCUGAAUGUGCAACAAAUGCUUGGUUGUCAAUGUGUGUAUAAUGUUGAAUUUUUUUUCAGUCUUGCAACCAAUUUUCUACAAAUCUAUUUUGUUUCAGUCUUUAAUAUCAGACAACGUAGUCGGCCUGUUUUUGUGUGUUUUUUAGUGCAAUGCAUCAAAUGAAUCAAAUUAAAAUAACUGCUUCAGCAUUUUCCGAUUUUUCGAAUUCGAAUUUCAAUGAAUUUAUGAGAAUGACAUGAAUGUUCAUUAUCUGUUAACUCUUUCACUACCAAGCACGUACGUAUACAUGUAUGUGUUACAACGCUUGCUUGCCUAACACAUACAUAAGGUACCCUGUGCCCUAGUUCUAAUACUAUCCGAUAGAUUUUGAGUGUAGAGGUCUUUUGGAGCAGCCGUUUAUGAUGCAGAUUGACGAAGACAAAUAUUGCCAUGUUUGUGUUUAGGUCAGCUGCCUUUCAGGUUUGUGGAAAAAAAACACAAAAAAGUGAUGAUAGCCAGAAUUUCACGGAAAAAAGCUGGAAAAACCCUCUGCAAACUUUGAAAUUGAACAUAAAGUCUGAAAUAUUAAUAAACAAGAUAAAACAAUUGGGUUAUAACAGCGCUCUCUGUAAGCUUUUUCAAAGUAUUUGAAAGGACAUCAGUAGGCAUUUCUGGAUCUGGUAGUGAAAGACUAGAGUUCAGAUAGAAAUUAAUGUUUGUUACCUUGCCUUAUAGAAAACACGGAGGACCAAAUCAUUUCAUGCAUUUGAAUUUAUCUUGAAAUCGACGUGCUUGCUUUGUAAUUAGACAUGGACUGUUUUUUUCAGGUUUCUGAGCAAAUUUCUGAAAUAAUCAUGCCGAAAAUUUAAUCUGCACGUGGCCUGAUUUUUCUGUCUUUAAAAUUUUCCUUGCUUCGUGUCUGUAUGUUAACCAUGUACUAAUUUCUCCAAGACCAGAAAUGAUGCGGGCAAGUUCACAAAAAAAAACUCAAGUAAAAAUACUAAUAUCUAUUUUCAGGUUCGGUCUACGUGGACAUGCAUGAUGAUAUAUCUAAGAGUUUUAUACUGGUAGCAUUGUAUAGCUGUUUUGUAAUUGUUGGUAGCUAAAUGUUUUUGUAAUGAAAUUCAUGCCUGCUCUCAUCAUUUCUUGACAUUGCAAUGUUUUGAUUUUGCCUUUUUUCCUGCUCGUAACUCUAAUAAAAAAAGUCAUUAAUCUCUGGUGGGGGAUGACUUCUCAAACUCAUAAGCUUCUUAGCUUGCGAGCAUUUUGGCAGUAUACAGUAAAAUCAUUUAUGUUUUCUUGGAGUCAGUUAAGAUCUUGUGCAAAAUAGAUGAAAUUAAAGGAUUUUGGAAAAUUUAACACUAUCAGUAUCAAUGUUGUUGUCAAAUGUACCUGGUAUCAUUAUUGAAAAAAAUUAAAUUAAUAUUGAAAAAUGAUCAAAGUGAAUUGGUUUAAGUAGGUUAUUGAAUGGCCUAAAAUCCCAAUUUGAAAUGCAGGAUAUGUAUUAGCAGUCUAAGAUGGGUAAGGUAAUGAUCUCAUGGGUAUUUCUACCUUAACCGGGUUGUCAGUUUCAUUCUCAUAAACUAACCAGACUGGCUUCAUUUCAUUUCUAAACUUGACCCAUUGUUGAUGAGUUUCUUCAACAAUCUCUUGAGUUCUCUCAAAAUUCCCAAUGAACCUACAUGUAUUCUCCUGAGGCUAGAGAAAAUGGUUUCAGUGUCACUGAUAUGAAUGUAUACUUUUGUUCGCUUUGUAAUAUCUUAUAGUCGACAGUUUUAAUAAAAUCUCGUCAAAAUCCAA